AUGCCCCGAAAACGAGUUAAAGAGUAUGAAAAUGUAUUUCAUGUUGACAAUGGCUUACUUUUUUGUAACUAUUGUGACCUUUCAGUAGAAUGGAAACAUAAAUCUACAAUAGAUGCACAUUUCAUAGAAGAUUUAAUUGAAUCAUUUGCUAAUGCAGAUAUUCCUUUAGAAAAAAUUAAUUUGUUACUUCCCUUUUUUAAAAAACAUCUUAAAGAAGGUGGUGCCAUUCCUCAAGCUUCAACUUUACUAUCAGUUGAUUUUUUGGAACAAUUUAAUAAUUCAACAAUUGCACAAACACUAUUUUCGGUAUUACAUUUUUAUAAUAUUCCUAUAAAUUUCCCACGUCUCUUUCUUUCAUAUUCUGCAACAUAUAUGAAGAAAUCAUAUCGAGAUGUUCUAAAGCCAUUUAUGCCACAAUUAAUUCAUCUUCCAUGUUUGGCACACAUAUUAAACCUUAUUGGUGAAAUUUGGCAGGAUUUCCCACAAUUCUCAUUAAUAAAAAACUUUUUGACAAAAAUUAAAAAUUCUUUUGUCAAAUCUUCCGCAAGAAAAGCCCGAUAUAUAGCUCCUUGCUAUUGGCGGGAUUUUUACAAAAAAGAAAGCGAAAUUGAUUCAAGGAAUGAAACAAUAAAAACACGAUUAACAAAUCUUUUGACUUAUCUUGAAUCAAACCCUGCAUUUCAAUCUGUAUAUAAAAAAUUUGAAGUGCAUAGUCCUAAUCAUCCUACACGUCCAUUAUUUCGUGCAGUAUGUCUAUUUGAUCCCAAAUAUAUGCAUACAGGAAAUAAUCGAAGACACAGCAUUUAUCAAUAUUCAAUUAUUAGUGAACUUGAUAAUCCUUCAGAUUACAUUUGGUUACCUAUUUCUAGUUGUGCUGUAGAACGUAGUUUUUCUUUAUAUAAUACUCUUUUAGAUAAGGAUAGACAAAAGAAUCACUUACAAUUAAAUAUGAUGUAUUUUAAUCGUGACUAA